GUUCAAGUUUUUUUUUUCUUCAAUUUGAAAGUUUGUCAUCAGCAGAUCCGGAGCACCGGGACGGAGCACCGGAGAGAAGCCAACAGCAGAGCUCCGAGGUGGUGGAGGAAUGGGCUGCAGCCACAGCAAGAAAAAGAGCAAAGGCAAGAAAGGAGAGAAGAAACAGAAGGACAGCAGCCGUCAAGAUGAAGGAGGUAAACGUUCGUCUAGUGACCUGGAUGUUUGUCUUGAGAAGCAGCUGGAGCGUUUCGAGUGGCAGCUGAAGAUUUUAAAGGAAGUGCUCUCAGCCAAUGGGAGUUCAGAGAGGGCGGAGCUACUGAAACACCACACUGACGAAGAAGUGUGCGCACUUGUUCUGAGCAUCCUUGAUAAGGUGAGAACAGAGACGACAGCUGAUCUGAACGUUCUGCAUGAACGCAAAAGUAAAUCAGCCGUAGAAGAACACGAGAGGCAUGUUGAAGAGCUGCAGACCAAACAUGAACAGGAGAAAACUGAACUGACAAAAAGGUUUCAGGCGACUGAAGAGAUCCUCAAGGCCGAAGUGGAGCGGUUAACGGCUGAGCUGCAGGUCUACAACGAGUUGAAGAAACGAGUUGAAGAGUCAACCUUUAAAAAGAAUUUGCAAAGAAAUAUUCAGGAACAUGGCAGCCCAGGUGCAUUCUGGGAGUCUGAGCAGGAGUCUUUGCUGUUUGUGAUUGAGAUGAAGGCUGAGCGUGUGCAGGAGCAAAGCAGGAAGCUCCAGCAGAUGGAUGAGCUGGUGGAGAAGAAUCUGUCUCUGGAGGACCAGAUCGUCCACGUUCUGCAGCAGAACGAGGACCUGAAGGUCCGGAUAGACAACUGCCAGACCCUCAUUCAGCAGUUUUCAAAGGAGCAGCAGGACCUGAAGGUGGCGCUAGAGAGACAGAUGGCAGUAAACCAGAAUCUUUCUCAGGAAAAAGAGCAGCUGAUGUUCAAACUGAGACACAGAGAUUCAUGUCCAGGGAUCCACCUGCCCCCCAUGAUGCAGGAGAUCGCCCCCAGAUGACCCUGAUCACACACACACGAGUCUCAAGGCGUGACUCUGAAUUAUCUGACCUGGUUUACUGCUCGGAGUGUGAAACUCAGACUGAGCUGACAACCGUCUGGGAUCCGGUUUAAAGUCCCUGGAGCAGCACGGCAAACGGAUCAAUGCCUUACAAUAUCAGGUCAUCCUGGAUUAAACUUAGUUUUCUAACGUUUCCAGCAGGGUAACAUCUCCGAACUCAUAACCAGCACAAAGCUAAAACUCACAGCUUUAUUUCUUUUUUUUUUUUUUUUUUUUUUUUUUUGGAAAAAAUUUUU